UCGUGCGAAAGAAGGAAGGAGGCUUCACGUAGUCGAAAAUACUGCAAGUCACGUACGGGUACUGGUAAGUACGAACGUAGUUGAACGUACGAAGAAGUUCGUACUAUACACGAUUGAUAAUAUGUGAUGCGGGGUGCGGUGCGAACAAGAAGAUCAUACUGUGCCGUACUAUCCUACGUACGAACCGCAUGUGCAACAAUCGGAGUGAAACUUGUCGAGCUUCCAACGCAAGUUCUACGGAACAAGGGAAGAAAGGCGACGAUCUCAACUUCCGGUACAACUACGAUUACGUACUCAUGCGAGUACAGAACCCAAUUCUUGCGAACGAUCAACGAUACGCAACCCAACAAACACAACCCAGCGACCCGCAACCACUUCGAUCCAUUCGGCACAACACACAACACACAACACCCGACCAUCCAACAAUACUUCGUUUGCCAUCGAAAUCGAAAACAAGCGAUACCACAUACCUACGGAUACACCGGAUACCAAGACCUGAAUUUAUCGGAGAAUAGAUAGAUAUUUAAGAAAGAAAGAAAGAAAGAAAAAGGAACGAAACCGAACGGUGCGGCUCAUCGAAUCGAAACGGAAGGAAAACAGGACAUCCAAUCGGAUCGGAUCGGAUACGAUUGGGCUAGACCGGAUCGGAUCGUGAUACAGCCAACAACAGAAACAGACCCAUACACGCGUACACGCAUAAACGCAGCGGCAGCAGCAGCCACCAACCACCCAUGGCCGCGAUUGCCAUUCCCGCCCGGACGCGGAGCGUCCCCGACGAUCCCCGGGGCCGCCACCGAUCCCCGAACCGGACGCGGGGCAGGCAAGGGGACAAGCACAAGACGGGGGGGGGUCCCUUCCUGGACACCGAAAAGCUUGCCGACCGGUACGCCCUCUGCCAGGACCGCUACGAAGCCUUUCGGUUCCGGUACUACCACCUCGGGGCGGACCUCGACGCGAACGCCAAGCGCACCACCGACAGCGCGGACCGGGGGACCAAGACGAACGGGGAGUGGAUCGCCGAGACCUUCUGGCCGGGCCUGGAGCUCGCCGAGGCGAUCCUCCUGGACCUCCCGGAAGCCGGCGGCUGGGACGAUGGAUCGUGCCAUACCGCCAGGGCGGUGGCGGCGGGGCACGCUUCGGAGGCCCUCCGCCUGCUGCUGCGGAUCCUGAGGUGGCUGGAGGAGGAGGACCGCGACUCGUUCCAUGGCGUGUCCGCCGUGGUCUUUCGAAGGCGGAAGCGGGCCUGGGCGGAAGCGUCCAAAGGCGGCGGCCACAACGAUUCGUUGGCCCGCUGCAGGGAGUACCUGGAGGCCCUCCGCGGGCUGGCCAGGGAGCAGUCAAGGGGGCGCUGGUCGACGUACGAGCCGAUGCGCCGGGCCGUGGCCGGGGAAUGGGGGUGGGAGCCCGAGCCGGGGCGAGAGCUAGAACGGGAACCGGUCUUGGGGAGCGGGCUCCACAAGGGGAGGCCCCACCUUGCGGUCGGAAGCAGCGGCAAACGCGGCGGCGAGAAUGCCCGGGCGAGCCAAGGGACCAGCGGGUUCUUCCGGCUCGACGAUUGCCACGCCGAGCUGUGCACGGGGCGAUCCUCGGUGGUGUGCCCCCUUGGGCUCUCCCUCUUUCGGGACGACGCGCGGGAAGCCCCGCCACCGCUGCCAGAGACGAGCGCGGCCGCAGCGGCCGGCGCCGGGUCUUGGAAGAACAAGCACAAGCGCAACCACAACGAUGACGACGACGACGAAGCGCGGAUGGGUCCCCCCUCGCCGCCCCGGCUCCUCCGGGCUUCUCCGGGGAGGGCCCCUGGCCACGACCGACCGGAUCCCCCCGGUGUGAGGGGACUGGUCGGUUCGCCACAACUCUACGUCUUGCACGACACCUCCUCUCUUUUGGACGAGGAGGAAGACGAGGACAGCGAUCGAAGCGGCCACCGGGGAAGCGGCCGCCGGAGAAGCCGCCGGUGGUUUGCCGGGGCGAAGGCUUCGGGCCGAUCCCGAGACCACGCAGCAACGGACGCUCCGUUGCGACAAGGGGGCCUCGCGUCCGUGUUUCAGAAGAAGCAAGCUUUCCCGGCGGGUGCCGGCACGAGCGGGAGCACCCUGCACGGCCACUUUCCUCGAACCGAACCCGAAAACUUUAGCUACAACCAUCUCUCCAAUUUCCAAGCGGCACGCGGGGAGGAGCAGGGCGACGAUUCGGAGCUCCAGGAAGCCCUGUACCAGAGCGAACUCGAGGCCGCCAGGGUGGCCUCGAUCGGGGAGCGGAUGCGGUUCCACCAGGGCACCAACAGCGUUUCCCAUCCCGGCGACCACGGCGGCCGCGGCAAGGAGCGAGAAAAACGCGACGACGUGGCACCUGCCGGACACCACCCGCAUUGCAGCAGCGGCAGCGGCAACGCCGUCGAUCAAUACCGCAACAACAUUAGCAGCAGCAGCGGCGGCAACGAUGGCGGCCACCGCCGCCGGCCUCGCCAAGGGAGGCAAACCGUUGUCGUCAAGGGCGUCCCGGUGCCACUCGACGGGAGACGGGGCCCGGUGACAACGCGUCCCAACACGGCAGCACCGACCGGUGCGGGUGCCUCCCUGCACCUGGAGGCCGCGACGCGGGGCCUCCGGGACGACUUUUUCGCCCUGGUGGACCGCGGAAGGAUAGACGUGGCCCACGUCCCGACGCGCCAGGGGAGAAAGCACGGGUCCACGAACGGUUGCACCGUGAUUGCCCCGCUGCUCUGCGCCCGGCACUUUGCGACGAAAACGCCGCUCGAUCGCGGUGGCAGCAAUGGCAAUGCCGACCCCGGCCUUUCGGAAAGGGCGAUCGCGGAGGUCAUCGACGUCGAGACCCCCCGCGUCCUGCCGUCCAUACGCAAGAGCCUGGGGCUGGGCCGGGACGCCUUUCUGAUCCCCCACGACGCCCACGAGGCCCUCAUCGAAAAGGGAACGAUGAAGCGGGACCAGUUCGUGACGGUCUGCGGGGGGAACAUCCUCGACGGGGACCACCUGGGGGUGCUGGUGACCGAGCUGACGACGCUCCGGCCCGGGCGGAAGAAACUGGGGGCCACCCUGUUCUUCCACCAGCACGUCGUGGCCAUACUCCAGCUGCGGUGUUUCCGGGACCAGCGAGAGGUCGUUUGGUUCGACGUGAUCGACAGCCUCCCGCACGGGAGGACCCUGCGGCGGCCCUCUGCCGGAAGCGGACAAGGGGCCGAAAACGCCCCCCCGAACGCGGUGCGGAUGCGGUGCAGGGACGUGGGCGCCCUGGCGGCCGCGCUCCGGUGGUACGCCUGCAGCGUCUUUUCGAGCGACCACAAGCGGUACAUCGAGCGGCACCCCUGGGACGAAACCAAGGCCGGCGUCGAUCCGCGCGUCUUUCAGGCGUUUUUGUGGGCGGAGGCAUGAGCCAGCCCAGCCAGCCAACCGUUGCGCUGCGCGGCGUGGUCCCUGCACUGCAUCGCAUCGCAUCGCAUCGAGUCUAUCUGGGGCAACUGCGAACGGAUCAUUCUUGUAGAGCCACAUAAUCUUUUGCUCGUCCUUUGAAGACAGUGUGGUUGGAUUUAGCUUUCAAAGAUUUGGUCGUAAUGAUUCUAUUCAUCAUGCUAGGAGUACAAAUCAAACAAUAAUUCUUUUAUAGUAAU